GGUUCAAUUGAGCUUGAGGUUUAGAGAAACCCUAACUGAAGAAACGAUCGCAGCAGCGCGCGAGGAUCUGGGGUUUUGUCGAUGCUUUACUAACGAGGGGCAUUUUUGUCAUUUCAUUGGGUCAAAACUUUAAAAUUGACGUAGCCUUCAUCUCUCGCUCUCUGUUCUUCAUCACCAAACCGAAAACUUCUGCAACGAAACGCUGUCGUUCUUUACAUGCAAACCGAAACGAAGGGUACGAAGCUUAAUGCUUAAAGGGAACUAAGCCUGGUCCUUACGCAAUUAUGCAAAUUCAACACAGAGAGCUAAAUAGAUCAAACAAACAAGCACAAUUUAUCAAGAAUCAAGUUUUGGAUAACUGGACACCACCUUUGCUUUUCCAAUCAAAAGACACCGCCUUCAAUUUGAGAAAAAUGUUUGAGGAGCAGAAUCAACAAUAAUACACAGAGGCACCUUAAUCGCAGCCUCUGUUCCUUCAAUUCAUAGACACGAGUAUUUGGUAGUUACUCUCUUCGGGUUUUGUUGGAACACAAUGCCUCGAUACAAAGAUGAACCUACUGCAAUUCGCGUUUACACAGUCUGCGACGAAUCAAGGUAUUUGAUUGUGAGGAAUGUUCCAGCUUUGGGAUGCAGUGCUGAGCUGUUAAAAUUGUUUGCGUCCUACGGAGAAGUAGAAGAGUGUAAACCAAUGGAUGAAGAAGAUUGUGAGCCAUUCACUGAUGUUUAUUGGAUAAAGUUUCGUCUGGUCAGCAAUGCCAGGUUUGCAAAGAGGAAAUUGGAUGAGUAUGUUUUCCUAGGGAAUCAACUUAAGGUUUCAUAUGCUCCUGAAUUUGAGAGCCUUGCCGAAACAAAGGACAAGCUGGAAGGCAGGACAAGGGAAGUUCUAGGGCGAUUGAACCCUGGAAGAUCUAAGGGGUCUACAGCUAAUAAAUCACCUGCGUUGACUGCCUCUUCUUUUGGUGCAAUUCCUUCUCAUCCUAACUGCAUUCCCCAACUUGUAAACUCUAGUCGGAGGGACUCCGGAGAAUCACAACUUACUUCGCACGUUAACAAUCCUCCUCUUUCAAGGAUUUCCUCUGACAAGGAGUAUUUUGCUUCCCAAUCAAUGAAUCAGACCGUCCAGAUGGUGAGGGAGAAGCUCAAUAAGAUUCAAUCAAGUAGUGAGCACCUGCAAGAUGGGCAUGCAUCCAAGAAACCGCGGGUGGACAAUAGGAAGAGAAUCUGAAGAUUUUUUUUUUAGAGAUGAAGCAAUCCUGGCAGGUCUAGAUGUUAUAUUUUGGGUCUCACUUCGGCUGUAAUUAAAUUUUUGAGAAAUUUUUCUUAAGGACGGUCAUACCACGGAAUCAUACUGGCGUGGUACGACCCCCCACGCAAAGAAUGCCAUGUAUGUGUAAGACAGACCCACACAAGUUCUCUUGAUUUACAUGAAUACACCGUUAAUUGCCAUGUAAACUACACUGAGUAGCGUGUUUAGUAGAUAAUAGUGUAAAUGCUACUUCUUUUGUAAGGAAAAAUUCCUCCAAACAUCA